AUGGCUUUGGCUCGUUUGGCUUUGAGAAACCUUCAACAAAAGUUGUCUUCUACCUUCAUGUGUCCAAGUGGUGAAAAAUGUUUGGUCGGGAACCGACAUAGCCAGAGUAAACUUAAUAGAUUCAUGGCUAGUUCGAGUGGCGAACAAGAGGAAAAGAAGAGUACAGAAGUCAGUGUGUCUGAGAAGAAGUCCCCUAGACGGAUUUUCCCCAGGAGACGUGGUCGGAAAAGUUUAUGGCGUAACACCGACGAUCAUGACUAUUUUGCACCCGCACUAAAUGGGUUCUUUCCUCCGAGUCUAGGAAAUGCUCUAAUGCAAGCAACGGAGAACAUAAACAGGAUCUUCGAUAAUUUCGACAUUAGACCAUCUCAACUAAUGGGUCAAGUGAAGGAGCAAGACGACUGUUACAAGCUGAGGUACGAGGUUCCAGGGCUAACCAAAGAUGACGUGAAGAUCACGGUAGAUAAUGGAAUCCUGAUGAUUAAAGGAGAACACAAGGCCGAGGAAGAAGAAGGAUCACCUGAAGAAGACGAGCACUGGUCUUCAAGGAGUUAUGGUUACUACAACACGAGCUUGUCUCUGCCUGAUGAUGCUAAGGUUGAGGAAAUCAAGGCGGAACUCAAGAACGGUGUGCUUAAUGUUGUGAUUCCUAGGAUGGAGAAGCCAAAGAAGGAUGUUCAGGAGAUUACUGUUGAGUAGAGUGACAUGGUGUGGUCUAUGUGAUUUUGCUGUUUCGAUGGAAUAAGGAAUAAAUGACAGAAUGUUGUAUCCCUAUAUGUGUUUGUUGUGUGUGAUUAUAAUAAACUAUUUCUGAUUUGGUAGACGAAGUUUUCAAAAGAUAAUGUAAUCUAUCUCCCAAGUGUAUGAACAGUUGAUCAAGAGGAUAUAUGAAGGGUCAU